AUGGAGAGUUUAAGGGGAGCUUUGAAGAAAUGUGGAUUAUAUGAUAUGGGAUGGGAAGGGUCGAGAUUCACAUGGAGCAAUGAACAUGGUGAUUCAACCUUCAUUAAGGAGAGACUAGAUAGAGGGGUUGCAAAUGUAGAAUGGAUCAACAUGUUCAAUAAGGCAAAGGUAGAAGUGAUGGUAGCAAGGACUUCAGAUCACAAACCAAUUUUGAUUAGUUGCUGGAAAGAUUGUAAGAGAAGUAAUAAUGAGAGUCAAAGAAUGUUUAGAUAUGAAAUGGCUUGGGGAAGUGAUGAAGAGUGUAAGCAGAGGGUCAAAGAAGAAUGGAGCAAAGAUGUGGGGCAGUGUAUAAACUUGAAAGAGAUUCAAAACUGUUUACAAAAGAGCCAAGUAGUGUUGUCAAAGUGGUGUAGAUUAAAAGCUUCAGAGAAUGAAAAGAAAAUAAGAGAGAAGACUGCAGUGCUAAAAGAAUUACAGAAUGAUGAGGGACAACAUAAUGUGAAUGAUGUAAAAAUACUACAGAGGGAGGUUGGUGAAUUACUUGCAAAAGAGAGUGAGAUGUGGAGAUAA